AUGACGAACCGGUUUGCGUUUGAAGCGGUGGAUCGCACGCUUCGCGAUAUUUUGGACAAUCUGCAUGAACCGUUUGGAGGCAAAGUGGUUGUCCUGUCCGGUGACUUUCGACAGAUUCUGCCAGUUGUGAAGAAAGGAACACCAGCUGAUAUUGUGGAUGCGUGUUUCAAGUCGUCCGACCUGUGGUCCCACUUCAAGCAAGUUCAUCUGACUGUGAACAUGAGAGUCCAGUGUGCAGAGAACCAAGAAUCCGCCGCAGAACUGGCUGCCUUUUCAGAAUUUAUUUUGGAAGUCGGAGAGGGUAGGCAUGAAGUUGAUCCUGACCUCGGUCCGGAUUGCAUCAAGAUUCCGCGUGUCAUGGUGAUCGACAAUCCUCAAUACGACCCAGACAUCCACGGAGAUGAGGACGGCAAUCAUCUGCCCGUUCCACUCGGGUUGAAGAAGAUUGUCGAUGCCAUGUACAGUGCAGAUGAAGUGAAUUACCCUACGGUGGCAACGAACGACUACUUCGCUCGCCGCACUAUUCUGACGCCGACCAACGCCGCUGUGCAGCGAGUGAAUGAGGCUGUCGCGGAUCGCCUCAGAGAAGCUCCACAAGUGUACCUGUCUACAGAUUCGGUUGAGGACGACGAGAGAGCAGGGUCAGCAUUCUUUGAGACAGAGCUCCUCAACUCGGUGAACAUCAACGGGGUUCCGCCACACAAGUUGAUCCUCAACAAAGGCAUCCCAGUGAUGAUGAUGCGCAACUUGAACCCGGACGCUGGCCUGUGCAACGGAACACGGCUUUGCAUCGUGGAAAUGAAGCCACCCGUCAUUCACGCGACUAUCAUGACAGGAACCCAUAACGGUAAGAAGGUGGGGAAGGCAUUUUCAUGGUCAUCAAGUCUUAAGAGACACCAGAAAACACACACGGGUGAGAAGCCAAUCCUGUGCUCUGUGUGUGGGAAAACAUUUGCACACUCAUCACAUCUUCAGAGUCAUCAGAUAACACACACGGGCGAGAAGCCAUUCCUGUGCCCUGUGUGUGGGAAGGCAUUUGCACAGUCGUCAACUCUUCAAAACCAUCAGAGAACACACACGGGCGAUAAGCCAUUCCUGUGCCCUGCGUGUGGGAAGGCAUUUUCACAGUCGUCAACUCUUAACAGGCAUCAGAAGCCUCAUGCACACGGGCGCAAGGAGUCAUUUAAUUGCUCUGUGUGUAGGAAGGCAUUUUCACGGCCAUCACGUCUUAAAAUACACAAAAGGACACACACUGGCGAGAAGCCGUUCCUGUGCUCUGUGUGUGGGAAGACAUUUGCUCAGUCAUCACAUCUUCAUAUUCAUCAAAGAACACACACGGGCGAAAAGCCAUUCCUGUGCCCUGUGUGUGGGAAGAAAUUUGCAAACUCAUCACAUCUUCAGAGUCAUCAGAGAACACACACGGGCCAGAAGCCAUUCCUGUGCCCUGUGUGUGGGAAGAAAUUUGCAAACUCAUCAAAUCUUCAGAGUCAUCAGAGAACACACACGGGCGAGAAGCCAUUCCUGUGCCCUGUGUGUGGGAAGACAUUUGCACAGUCAUCACAUCUUCAGAGUCAUCAGAGAACACACACGGGCGAGAAGCCAUUCCUGUGCCCUGUGUGUGGGAAGGCAUUUGCAAACUCAUCACAUCUUCAGAGUCAUCAGAGAACACACACGGGCGAGAAGCCAUUCCUGUGCCCUGUGUGUGGUAAGAAAUUUGCAAGGUCAUCACAUCUUCAGAGUCAUCAGAAAACACACACGGGCGACAAGCCAUUCCUGUGCCCUGUGUGUGGGAAGACAUUUGCAAAGUCAUCACAUCUUCAGAGUCAUCAGAGAACACACACGGGUGAGAAGCCGUUCGUGUGUUCUGUGUGUGGGAAGACAUUUGCACAGUCAUCACAUCUUCAGAGUCAUCAGAGAACACACACGGGCGAGAAGCCAUUCCUGUGCCCUGUGUGUGGGAAGGCAUUUACAUUUGCACACUCAUCACAUCUUCAGAGUCACCAGAAAACACACACGGGUGAGAAGCCAUUCUUGUGCCCUGUGUGUGGGAAGGCAUUUGCACACUCAUCACAUCUUCAGAGUCACCAGAGAACACACACGGGCGAGAAGCUAUUCCUGUGUUCUGUGUGUGGGAAGACAUUUGCACACUCGUCAACUCUUCAAACCCAUCAGAGAACACACACGGGCGAGAAGCCAUUCCUGUGCCCUGUGUGUGGGAAGACAUUUGCAAGGUCAUCACAUCUUCAGAUUCAUCAGAGAACACACACGGGCGAGAAGCCAUUCCUAUGCCCUGUGUGUGGGAAUACAUUUGCACAGUCAUCAACUCUUCAAACUCAUCAGAGAACACACACGGGUGAGAAGCCAUUCCCGUGCUCUGUGUGUGGGAAGAAAUUUGCAUUUUCACGGCCAUCACGUCUUAAAAUACACAAAAGGACACACACUGGCGAGAAGCCGUUCCUGUGCUCUGUGUGUGGGAAGACAUUUGCUCAGUCAUCACAUCUUCAUAUUCAUCAAAGAACACACACGGGCGAAAAGCCAUUCCUGUGCCCUGUGUGUGGGAAGAAAUUUGCAAACUCAUCACAUCUUCAGAGUCAUCAGAGAACACACACGGGCCAGAAGCCAUUCCUGUGCCCUGUGUGUGGGAAGAAAUUUGCAAACUCAUCAAAUCUUCAGAGUCAUCAGAGAACACACACGGGCGAGAAGCCAUUCCUGUGCCCUGUGUGUGGGAAGACAUUUGCACAGUCAUCACAUCUUCAGAGUCAUCAGAGAACACACACGGGCGAGAAGCCAUUCCUGUGCCCUGUGUGUGGGAAGGCAUUUGCAAACUCAUCACAUCUUCAGAGUCAUCAGAGAACACACACGGGCGAGAAGCCAUUCCUGUGCCCUGUGUGUGGUAAGAAAUUUGCAAGGUCAUCACAUCUUCAGAGUCAUCAGAAAACACACACGGGCGACAAGCCAUUCCUGUGCCCUGUGUGUGGGAAGACAUUUGCAAAGUCAUCACAUCUUCAGAGUCAUCAGAGAACACACACGGGUGAGAAGCCGUUCGUGUGUUCUGUGUGUGGGAAGACAUUUGCACAGUCAUCACAUCUUCAGAGUCAUCAGAGAACACACACGGGCGAGAAGCCAUUCCUGUGCCCUGUGUGUGGGAAGUCCUUUUCACGGCCAUCAGAUCUUCAGAGACACCGGAGAACACACACGGGCGAGAAGUCGUUCCUGUGCUCUGUGUGUGGGAAGACAUUUGCACACUCAUCACAUCUUCAGAGUCACCAGAAAACACACACGGGUGAGAAGCCAUUCUUGUGCCCUGUGUGUGGGAAGGCAUUUGCACACUCAUCACAUCUUCAGAGUCACCAGAGAACACACACGGGCGAGAAGCUAUUCCUGUGUUCUGUGUGUGGGAAGACAUUUGCACACUCGUCAACUCUUCAAACCCAUCAGAGAACACACACGGGCGAGAAGCCAUUCCUGUGCCCUGUGUGUGGGAAGACAUUUGCAAGGUCAUCACAUCUUCAGAUUCAUCAGAGAACACACACGGGCGAGAAGCCAUUCCUAUGCCCUGUGUGUGGGAAUACAUUUGCACAGUCAUCAACUCUUCAAACUCAUCAGAGAACACACACGGGUGAGAAGCCAUUCCCGUGCUCUGUGUGUCCAUUCAAUUGCUCUGUGUGUGGGAAGUCCUUUUCACGGCCAUCACAUCUUCAGAGACACCAGAGAACACACACGGGCGAGAAGCCAUUCCUGUGCUCAGCGUGUGGGAAGGCAUUUGCACAAUUGUCAACUCUUCAAACUCAUCAGAGAACACACACGGGCGAGAAGUCAUUCCAGUGCUCUGUGUGUGUGGAGGCAUUUGCACACUCGUCAACUCUUCAAGACCAUCAGAGAACACACACGGGCGAGAAGCCAUUCCUGUGCCCUGUGUGUGGGAAGGCAUUUGCACAAUCGUCAACUCUUCAAGACCAUCAAAGAACACACACGGGCGAGAAGCCAUUCCUGUGCCCUGUGUGUGGGAAGGCAUUUGCACACUCGGUAACUCUUCAAGACCAUCAGAGAACACACACGGGCGAGAAGCCAUUCCUGUGCUCUGUGUGUGGGGAGGCAUUUGCACAGGCAUCAACUCUUCAAAACCAUCGGAGAACACACACGGGCGACAAGCCAUUCCUGUGCCCUGUGUGUGGGAAGGCAUUUGCACACUCGGUAACUCUUCAAGACCAUCAGAGAACACACACGGGCGAGAAGCCAUUCCUGUGCCCUGCGUGUGGGAAGGCAUUUGCACAAUCGUCAACUCUUCAAGACCAUCAGAGAACACACACGGGC